UGAAUUGCAUCGCAUUGAAAUGGAAUAUGCGCAGGCAUCACGCAAUACUGAAAAUUAUUUAACCAAUCCUGUGAAUGUCUAUCGGCUAAUGAAACGCCUAACCAACGACUGGACAAUAUAUGAAGAGCGCGUGCAAACCGAUGAGGCGGCAAAGACAUUCCUGCGGCAAAUGGCUGAGUACCGAGAAACAUUAAGUUUUCCCAGUGAAGAGGACUUCAAGGCGUCCGCAGCUGCUUUGGCCCGGUUACAGGAAACCUAUCAUCUGGAUACAGAACAAAUAGCUGGAGGUUUCUUAAAUGGUGUUAAGUACGGAACUAGCAUGACAUGGCAAGAUUGCUUUGUGUUAGGCAAACAAUUGUUCCAUUUAGAGGAGUAUAAUCACACAAAAAUGUGGCUGAAAGAAUCCAUGCAACGGCUUUAUCGCGAACCGUACUACAAAGAUCCACACACAUUCGAAUACGUGGAGGAUGUGGCGAAGAAUCUGCUCAGUUUAG